UCUCUUUCUUCUUCGUUGUCGCAGGAGCAGAUGGAGUUUGGAGCUGGCAUCGAGUUCUCUACUCUUCAGAAGCAGCGAAGCCUCUACGUUCCACAACUUCCCCCUUGCUUGCAGGGAUCUCAUGUCCAAGUAGAGUUUGGUGAUGCGACUACUGUUCCAGAUCCGUUGGAUGCUGAAUCCAUCAAACGUUCCUUUCCUCUAACUUAUGGCCAACCUUUGGUGCACUUCGUCAGCUCACUGGAGAAACCCCCUCCUAAUGGCGUCCAAGAUCAACAGCCACCACUCAGGGUUGGGGUAGUCUUUUGUGGCCGCCAAUCACCUGGAGGGCAUAACAUUAUUUGUGGACUUUAUGAUGCUAUGAAGUUACACAACCCAAAAAGUACCUUGCUAGGGUUUUGCGGAGGAACCGAAGGAUUAUUUGUGCAAAAAACAUUAGUGAUCUCGGAUGAUAUCGUCGCUGCUUAUCGUAAUCAAGGGGGUUAUGAUAUGCUGGGAAGGACAAAGGAUCAAAUCACAUCAAAGGAACAGGUGAACUCUGCACUAAAUGCAUGCCAAACACUAGAUCUUAAUGGACUUGUUGUUAUUGGAGGUGUCACAUCCAAUACUGAUGCAGCUCAACUUGCUGAGACAUUUGCAGAAGCAAAAUGUUUGACAAAGGUUGUUGGUGUUCCUGUUACCUUCUAUGGGGAUCUUCAGAACCAGUUUGUUGAAGCUAAUGUCGGAUUUGACACAAUCUGCAAGGUGAACUCUCAACUCAUCAGUAACAUAUGCACAGAUGCCCUUUCUGCUGAGAAGUAUUACUAUUUUAUUCGGCUUAUGGGAAGGAGCGCAUCUCAUGUUACUUUGGAAUGUUCUCUUCAGUCUCAUCCAAAUAUGGUUAUUCUUGGAGAGGAAGUUGCUUCUUCAAAGCUUACUCUUCAUGACAUAACAAAACGAAUUUGCAAUGCAGUUCAAUCACGGGCAGAAAAAGGAAAAUAUCAUGGUGUGAUUCUUUUACCUGAGGGACUCGUUGAAAGUAUACCUGAAGUAUAUGCCCUACUGCAGGAAAUACAUGUUCUUCUGAAGAAUGGUGUUUCGACUGAGAGCAUUUCAGGACAGUUGUCUCCUUGGGCCUCUGCUUUGUUCGAGUCUAUGCCGCCAUUUAUAAAGAAGCAGCUUCUUCUUUCUCCUGAAUCUGAUCAAUCAGCACAAUUGUCUCAGAUUGAAACAGAGAAAUUGUUAGCUCAAUUGGUGGAAACAGAGAUGGAGAUACAGACUAAAAAUGGUACAUACACAGGUAAAAAGUUCAAUUCUAUCUGCCACUUCUUUGGAUACCAGGCACGAGGAUCAGUUCCCUCCAACUUUGAUUGUGACUACGCAUAUGCUCUUGGUCAUGGUGCUUAUCAUCUUCUUGCUGCGGGGCUUAAUGGUUAUAUUGCUACAGUGACAAACCUUAAAAACGAUGUUUCUAGGUGGCGAUGUGGUGGUGCUCCACUUACGGCUAUGAUGACUAUAAGGAGGUUGUUGCGUGGUCUUGGAACUCCCUUGAUUGGAAAACCAUCAAUCCAUCCGGUUGGAGUGGACUUAAAAGGAAAAUCAUAUGGUUUGUUGGUGCAAAAUGCUGAAAAGUACUUGAUGGAUGAUCUUUACUCCAAUCCAGGACCAAUUCAGUAUAAAGGACCUGGUUCUGACAGCAAAACCAUCUGCCUGUGUGUGGAGGAUCAUGAUUAUAUGGGCAGGUUGAAAAAGUUGCAAUCUUACCUUGAUAAGGUGAAAACAAGUGUCAGACCUGGUUGUUCACAAGAGGUACUGAAGGCUGCUGUGAGUGCCAUGGCUUAUGUUGUUGAGAUACUUAGCCUGAUGUCACCAGCUGGAACAGGCCAUGCUUAUCAUCCUUUAGAAGAUACAUAUGCUAAUAUGUGAUAACCAGUUUUGGCAUUUCAUCAAGUUACGAUUCUUCAACUCUAGAGAUCUCAGUUUUGCUUUCUUGAAGCCUCUGUUGCAACAAAGUCGCAGUGAAAAUUAUUAUUAUUUUGAUCCUUGUUUCAGUCCCAAUGGAAAAAAAAAAGUAUGAAUGAAUUUAAUUGAUUUUAGCAAUAACCCCAACUUAGUCAA